GGGGGGAAGGGAGGGGGAACCAAGAUGGCAGCGGAGGCGCUGAGGUGAGGCGAGGCUCCGGUGGAGCCCAGCGAGCACGGCCACGCCCGCGCCUGCCGAGGAGGGCGGUUUCCUGGAAACAUGCUUGCUCACCGGUCUUGAUCUGGAAGCGUAGCAAAGACUCCUCCUCCGAAAAUGUCAAGCUCAGGCUACCCUCCUAACCAGGGAGCGUUCAGCGCGGAGCAGGGCCGCUACCAGACCCACUCGGUCCAGUACACCUUCCCUGGCAGCCGGCUCCAACAGGAGUUUGCUGUCCCUGAUUUCCGAACGUCUCACUUAGAAGUCAGCCAGGCCAGCCAGCUUCUCCAGCAGCAGCAGCAGCAGCAGCAGCUCCGUCGACGGCCCUCCUUGCUUUCCGAGUUCCACCCGGGUUCCGACAGGCCUCAGGAAAGGAGGUCAGGCUACGAGCCACAGUACCACCCCGGCCCCUCGCAAGGUGACCAUGACUCUCUAGAGUCGAAGCGGCCGCGCCUGGACCAAGUCUCGGACUCCCAUUACCAGCGGGUCGGCGCUGCUUCGGUCCUGCCGCUGGUCCACCCGCUGCAGGAGGGGUUGCAGACAUCGGACCUAAAGAAGGAUCCCGCUUUUGGAGGCAAGCAUGAAGGGCUGCCCUCGCCGCUCUCUGGCCAGGCGUGCGGGGAGGACCAGAAUGCCUCUCCGUCCAAGCUGUCGAAGGAAGAGCUCAUCCAGAGCAUGGACCGGGUGGACCGGGAGAUUGCGAAAGUGGAGCAGCAGAUCCUCAAGUUGAAGAAGAAGCAACAACAACUCGAAGAAGAAGCCGCUAAGCCACCGGAGCCGGAGAGGCCCGUCUCCCCUCCUCCCGUAGAACAGAAGCACCGCAGCAUUGUCCAGAUCAUUUAUGACGAGAAUCGGAAGAAAGCAGAGGAAGCUCAUAAGAUCUUAGAAGGCCUGGGCCCCAAAGUUGAACUGCCACUCUAUAACCAGCCGUCGGACACCAAGGUGUACCAUGAAAACAUCAAAACGAACCAAGUCAUGAGGAAGAAGCUGAUUUUGUUUUUUAAGAGAAGGAAUCAUGCCAGGAAACAAAGGGAACAGAAGAUCUGCCAGCGUUAUGAUCAGCUCAUGGAAGCCUGGGAGAAAAAGGUGGACCGCAUAGAGAACAAUCCCCGCCGGAAGGCCAAGGAGACGAAGACCCGGGAGUACUACGAGAAGCAGUUCCCGGAAAUCCGGAAGCAGCGCGAGCAGCAGGAGCGCUUCCAGAGGGUUGGUCAGAGGGGGGGCGGUCUCUCAGCCACCAUUGCCCGGAGCGAACACGAAAUCUCGGAAAUCAUUGAUGGGCUCUCGGAACAGGAGAAUAAUGAGAAGCAAAUGCGCCAGCUCUCGGUCAUUCCUCCCAUGAUGUUCGACGCAGAGCAGAGACGCGUGAAGUUUAUUAACAUGAACGGACUGAUGGAGGACCCCAUGAAGGUGUACAAGGACAGACAGUUCAUGAAUGUCUGGACGGACCACGAGAAGGAGAUCUUUAAAGAGAAGUUUGUCCAGCACCCCAAGAACUUUGGCCUGAUCGCUUCCUACUUGGAAAGAAAGAAUGUCCCCGACUGCGUCCUGUAUUACUACCUGACCAAGAAGAACGAGAACUACAAGGCCUUGGUGCGGAGGAACUACGGCAAGCGGCGGGGGAGAAACCAGCAACAGAUUGUGCGUCCUUCCCAAGAAGAAAAAGUCGAAGAAAAAAUAGAGGAGGAGAAGGCUGAGAGAGCUGAGAAAAAAGAGGAGGAAAAGAGAGAUGAAGAAGAAAAAGACGAAAAAGAAGAAUCUAAGGAGAACAUCAAGGAGAAGGAGAAGGUCGAAGUUGCCCCCGAGGAGCCUGAGGAGAGGGAGCAGGCCGCCCCCAGGGGACGCAAGACUGCCAACAGCCAAGGGCGGCGGAAGGGCCGGAUCACCCGGUCCAUGACCAACGAGGCUGCCGCCGCCAACGCCACAGCCGCGGCCACCGAAGACCCGCCCCCUCCACUGCCGCCCCCUCCGGAGCCAUCAUCGGCAGAGCCGGUGGAGACCUCCCGCUGGACCGAAGAAGAGAUGGAAGUUGCCAAGAAAGGGUUGGUGGAGCACGGACGCAACUGGGCAGCCAUCGCCAAGAUGGUGGGGACGAAGAGUGACGCUCAGUGCAAGAACUUCUACUUCAACUACAAAAGGAGGCACAACCUCGACAGCCUUCUCCAGCAGUACAAGCAAAAAUCUUCUAGAAGGCCCCGCGAGGAGCGUGAAGUGUCCCAGUGCGAAAGCGUGGCGUCGACCGUCUCUGCUCAGGAGGACGAGGACAACGACGUCUCCAAUGAGGAAGAGAACCCAGAGGACAGUGAAGGUGCCGAAAAUAGCUCGGAUACUGAGAGCGCUCCAUCGCCUUCCAUGGCAGAGGGGCCCAAGCCCUUGGAAGAUGCCCUGCCUGAGAACAGCGCCUUGCGGAGGACCCCCGAGAUGGCCGCCGAGCAGGAAUCCGCCAUCAAAGCCGCCCCCACAACCUCCCCGCUCUCGGUGGCUCCCGGCACCAGCCAGUCCGGGAAUGAGAGCCCCAAGCUGCAGGUGAAGGAGGAAGCGGCCACUGACGUGUCCAUGGAGGUGGAGAGCAGGAGCCAGCUGCCUGACACGAAGCCUGCGGUCAGCCUGCCCACCCACCCCAAAGUGGAGCCCAUCGAGACGGAGGUCCGGCUCCCGCAGGACGUCCGGGUGAAGACUGAAGGUGGUGACGCCAAGGAGCGGGACGUGGACAAGCCCAAGGAGAAGCUGGAGCCCGAGGAGAUGGACUUUGGGUUGGGCCUGCAGGCCAGCAGUGCCCCGAGGCUGGAGCCCAACUCAGACAACGAUUCGAGCGCCACCUGCAGCGCCGACGAGGACGUUGAUGGAGAGCCUGAGCGGCAGAGAAUCUUCACUAUGGAUUCCAAGCCUUCUCUGUUGAAUCCCACGGGGCCCCUGCUGGUCUCUUCGGCGGUCAAACAAGGGCAGAUGGAUCUCCAGCAGCUUCAGCACCGAGCGGCUGUCAUACCGCCCAUGGUCUCCUCCCCGCUGCAGGGGCUGCCCCAGGGCAUCCCCCUGAGUGGCUACACGCUCCUCCAGCAGCAGAUCAAGGCCAUGCACAAGUCGGCCAUGCUGGAGGACCAGCAGCGCCUGCGGCAAGAGCAGCUGGAGGUGGAUUGCCGGCGCUCCGCCAGCCCCUGCGGCCCCUCCAAGAGCCCCAGCGUCGAGUGGGACGGGAAGUCCAUGGCCUACAUACCUUACGCUGAAGUUAAACGCGCCAUGGAGCAGGAAGCCCAGAUGCAGAACGCAGGGGCGAGAUCUGCCUCGCCCUACUGCCUGUCUCCGAGGGAGGUCAGCAAGGCCUCUCCGCAGCCGGAUAUGAAUGCCACUCGCUACAGCGUCCCGCCAGUUCUCCAGCCUGCUCCCCAUCAAGUCAUAACCAGCCUACCAGAGGGGGUCCGACCCCCCACAACCCGGCCCACCCGACCGCCACCCCCGCUGAUCCCCUCCUCCAAGAUGGUGGUGCCAUCGGAGAAGCCGUCCUUCAUCAUGGGAGGCUCCAUCUCACAGGGAACUCCUGGGACAUACUUAACCUCUCACAGUCAAGCUGCUUACGGCCAAGAGACUGCCAGACCCUCCGGCUCCAUCUCGCUGGGCCUGCCUAGGCAACAGGACUCGGCCAGAUCAGCCUCCCUGCCCUAUAUCAAGCAAGAGGAAUUCUCGCCCCGAAGCCAGAACUCUCAGCCCGAAGGGCUCUUGGUCCGGGCCCAGCACGAAGGCGUGGUGCGAGGGACGGCCACAGCCAUCCAAGAGGGUAGCAUCACGCGAGGGACACCGACCAGCAAAGUCUCCGUCGACACGAUGCCUUCCCUGCGAGGCUCCAUCACACAGGGCACACCAGCACUGUCACAGUCUGGGAUCACAGCCAACCUCCUCCUGAAAGGCACCAUCACCCACAUGGCCACGGAGGACGGCAGCCCCGAGAAGUGCCGAGAAGAGGCGGCUGCCUCCAAGGGCCACGUCAUCUACGAAGGCAAGAGCGGGCACAUCAUCACCUAUGACACCAUUAAGAAUGUCCGGGAAGGAACCCACAGUCCGAGGACACCUCAUGAGAUGGGCCUGAAGAGGUCGUACGAUGCGAUAGAAGGAAACAUCAAGCAAGGAAUGUCGAUGAAGGAAUCUCCCGUCUCAGCCCCAUUAGAAGGGUUAAUCUGCCGCGCUCUACCCCGGGGUAGCCCUCACUCUGACCUGAAGGAGAGAACUGUUUUGUCUGGCUCUAUAAUGCAAGGCACCCCCAGAGCUACAACCGAGAGCUACGAGGAAGGCCUCAAGUACGCGAAGCAGAUCAAGAUGGAGUCUUCUCCGUCGCGGACCUUUGAAGGUGCCAUCACCAAGGGCAAGCCCUACGACGGUGGGGUCACCACCAUCAAGGAGAUGGGGCGCUCCAUCCACGAGAUCCCCCGGCAGGACCUGCUGGGUCAGGAGAGUUGCAAGACCCCCGAGAUGGUCCCCAACGCGCGACCCAUCGUCGAGGGCUCCAUUUCUCAGGGCACCCCCAUAAAAUAUGAGAGCAGUGGGCAGUCGGCCAUCAAGCACAACGUCAAGUCCUUGAUCACUGGGCCGAGCAAGCUGCCCCGGGGGAUGCCGCCGCUGGAGAUGGUGGCGGAGACUGUGAAGGGGGUGGAGAGGGGGAAGUAUGAGGACAGCAAGGCCGGGGAGGUCCGCUCCCGCCACACCUCGGUGGUCAGCUCCGGGCCCUCGGUCCUCCGGUCGACCCUCCACGAAGCGCCGAAAUCUCAAGUGAGCCCUGGGAUCUACGAGGAUGCCAGCGCCAGGAGGACGCCUGUGAACUACCAGAGCUUAUCCAGGAGUUCUCCGAUGAUGAAUCGGGUGGCCGACGUGGGCAUCGCUUCUGGGAAGCCCGUGAACCAUGAGAGGAAAUCCACCCUCACGCCGACGCAGCGGGAGAGCGUGCCCACAAAAUCUCCCGUGCCGGGGGUUGAUCCUGUCGUCGCCCACAGCCCCUUCGACCCCCACCACCGGGGCGCCACUCCAGAGGUCUACCGGAGCCACCUCCCUUCCCACCUGGACCCCGCCAUCCAGUUCCACCGGGCUCUGGACCCUGCGGCAGCCUACAUGUUCCAGAGGCAGCUCUCGCCCACCCCCGGCUACCCCAGCCAGUACCAGCUCUACGCCAUGGAGAACACCCGGCAAACCAUCCUCAACGACUACAUCACCUCCCAGCAGAUGCAAGUCAGCCUGCGGCCCGACCUCGCCAGGGGCCUCUCCCCCCGGGAGCAGACGCUGGCCCUCCCCUACGCCGGAGCAAGAGGAAUCAUUGACUUGAACAGCAUGGCCCCGACCAUCUUGGUGCCCCACCCCAGUGGAACCAGCACCCCCCCAAUGGAGAGGAUCACGUACAUCCCUGGGACUCAGCUUGCUUUCCCCACCAGGCCUUACAACCCUCCCUCCAUGUCCCCAGCAGGCCACCCUUCCCACCUGGCGGCUUCUGCUGUUGCCAACGCCGAGAGGGAGCGCGAGAAGGAACGGGAGAGGGAACGGGAGCGGGAGAGGAUCGCUGCCGUACCCUCCGAGCUCUACCUCCGCCCAGGUGCUGAACAACCGGGCAGGCCCGGGAGCCACGGCUACGUCCGCUCGCCUUCCCCCUCGGUCCGAAGCCAGGAGACCAUCUUGCAACAGCGGCCCAGCAUCUUCCAGGGAUCCAACGGGACGAGCGUGAUCACCCCGCUGGACCCGGCUGCCCAGCUGCGCAUCAUGGAAUUCAUGGGUGCUAUAAAAGAAUUCAGCCUCCGUUUUAAAGCAGAUGACCAGGAAGAUCUUUCCCCUCAAGUUGUUUGCAGGCAGCUCCCUCCCGGCACCCCCUCCAUCACACAGGGCUUGCCGGCUUCACGCUACAACACGGCAGCUGAUGCCCUGGCCGCCCUGGUGGACGCUGCCGCCUCAGCCCCGCAGAUGGAAGUGGCCAAGUCAAAAGAGGGCAAGCACGACACAGGCCGGAUCGAAGAGAACCCGGGCCGGCGGCCGGGGGUGGUGAGUGAACUGCAGCCGCCGCCGCCACAGCAGCAGAUGGAGGCCAAGGCGCUGGAGGCAGAGAAGAGGGGGCCUCCUCCGGGCACCUUCUCCUCCUCCUCCUCCUCCUCGGGCUACAGCGGUGGCAAGUUGGUCUACUCGGACGCCGGGAAGGAGAAGGGCCCGCCUCCCGUCUCCAAGUACGAGGAGGAGCUGCGGACACGCGGCAAGACCACCAUCACGGCCGCCAACUUCAUCGACGUCAUCAUCACGCGGCAGAUCGCCUCUGACAAGGACGCCCGGGACCGCGGCUCCCAGAGCUCGGACUCCUCCAGCAGCCUCUCCUCCUCCUCGCACCGCUACGAGCCCCCCCGAGAUGCCAUUGAGGUGAUCAGCCCUGCCAGCUCGCCUGUCCCGCCCCAGGAAAAGAUCCCGCCUUAUCAGCAGGAGGCUCCCAAAAUGAGCCAGCCAGAAAGAGACUGCAGCCGGCAGUACGAGGGGGCAAUCCACUCAUACCGGCCCCAGCAGGAUUCGCCUUCGCCGCAGCAGCCACCUCCCCCACCCCCGCCCCCACCAUCCUCGCAGGCUGACGGAAUGGGACCUGUGCCACACACCACCCACCGCCUGAUAACGCUUGCCGAUCAUAUCUGUCAAAUCAUCACGCAAGAUUUUGCUCGCAGCCAAGCCUCCACGCAGCCGCCCCUCCAGACGCCCACCAGCACAUUCCAGACCACUGCUCCAACGUCCAUUGCCACAGCAAGCCGGGCAAAGUCCAACCGCUACAGCCCGGAGGCGCCGCUGCAGCCCAGUCCCCACCAGCGCCCCGGUUCCCGGGUCUCCCCGGAAAACCUCUCCGACAAAGGCAGCAGGGGAAGGCUCGGCAAGUCCCCCGAGAGAAGCCACCUUGCUUCUGAGCCAUACGAGCCCAUCUCCCCGCCCCAGGCACCAGCUGCCCAUGAGAAGCAGGACAGCCUCUUGCUGCUCUCCCAAAGAGCGGAGCCUUCGGAACAAAGGACGGACUCCCGUUCUCCAGGCAGCAUCAACUACCUGCCCUCCUUCUUCACCAAGCUGGAGAAUACCUCACCGAUGGUGAAGUCCAAGAAACAGGAAAUAUUUCGCAAGUUGAACUCCUGUGGUGGAGGUGACUCGGACAUGGCUGCUGCUCAGCCGGGGACAGAAAUAUUCAAUUUGCCAGCGGUCACUACCUCCGGUGCAGUCAGUGUGCGAGGCCAUUCCUUUGCCGAUCCUGCCAGCAACCUGGGCCUGGAGGACAUCAUCCGCAAGGCACUGAUGGGCAACUUUGACGAUAAAGGGGAAGACCAUGGCAUGGUCAUGAGCUUAGCACCCGGCGGCCCCAAUGCAGCACUACCAGCGAGCGGCGAGGCCCAGAGGGAAGAGGCGAACCCCUCCCCCAAUCCAGGAGGGGGCAUGGGCAAGCAGAAAUUGAUGGGCAAAUCUGGCAGCCGGAAGUCCAAGUCGCCGAUCCCAGGGCAGAGCUACCUGGGUACCGAGCGGCCUUCCUCCGUCUCAUCGGUGCAUUCGGAAGGAGACUACCACAGGCAGACGCCGGUAUGGUCGUGGGAAGACAGGCCCUCCUCGACAGGGUCCACGCAGUUCCCGUACAACCCCCUGACGAUGCGCAUGCUGAGCAGUACCCCUCCCACGUCGAUCACCUGUGCCCCGCCAGCCGUCAGCCAGGCCUCCUCUCACCAGUCCAGCCGAAUAUGGGAACGAGAGCCCGCCCCUCUGCUCUCGGCGCAGUACGAGACUCUUUCGGACAGCGACGAGUGAACUGGGGGAAGAGAGAGGAGGACCUUUUUAGAAAACGAAACAGAAAAAAAUCCGUUCAUUUUUGUGGGGUGGAAAGAAUGGUGUGUGUGUUUUUUAAAAAUAACAUGUGCCCUCAGACUUUACAAGUGAGCAGGGGCCAUGGAAGAUGAAGAAGCAAAGAGGAAUCUGUGUGCGGAGUGAUCCCCGUCGGAAGAUUCCUCCCCUUCCCGCGCCAGCCACAAGCGGAAGGCCCAGCGGCCUGAAAAUAAAUAUGUAAAGAGUUUUUUUAAAAAAAGAGGACAUAUUCCUGAGCGACAUCUUAUUUGUAAAGAGAACCAUAACAUAAUGUCUUUUUUUAAAAAACCAUUCUUCUGUAAAUAGAGUAACUUUUUUCUGCUGUGUUCCCUGCCCCCUGCUAGGGUGUCUGGUGUACUUGUGUUCAAAUCAUUGCAUACUUUUGAGGGGGGUCAUUUUAUAUUAUUAUUUUUUAAAAGAAGCAUUUUCUCAAGUGCAGAACAUUCAUCCUUUCAGCACAACCCGCCCAGGAUGCAUCUCCCACACAUGCGCCCAUUGAAACACAUGGGGAGAGCAUUCUCGUGGGUGCAUGCGCGGAGGAGGGCGGGCGCUGUGCACAGGGCAUGCUUGCCUGAUCUGUGCAUCUCAGAGGCGGUGCUGUUCUCUUCCAUCUAACUCUAGGCACGUUUUCUUUUUCCCUUCUGUGGUUGCUCAAGACCUUGUGGAACUUUUUUUUUUUUUUAACUGACCCCUUAAUGAAUCCUGUACAUUUUUAAACCAUCUCUGGUCUGCUGGGGGUAAUGGGAUCUUUCUUUUGUGUUUUUUUUUGGGGGGGGGGAUGAUUCUGCCACACUGUAAACCUGUUUUUCCAUACAGUCAGCUACAUUCAGCAACACUGUGAAAAUAAUAGUGCAUGGGUACAUAAUGGUGAAAUUUCGCCUGCUCUCUCUCUCUCUCUCUCUCUCAAACACACACACACCUGUGUGCGUAGCGAUGUGGAAAACGAGCAGUUUUUGCUCUCGCACAUUGAGCUGUUUCCAAGGUGUCCCAGCCAAGUAUCUUCCUUCUGCAUUGUCAGCUGCUGUUUUGAAAAGAGUUUUUCUCUUCAGCAGGUCAUAGCAAAAUUGUUUCCCUGAACCGUGAGGAUUCGCGCGAACUUCAAAAUGCGAUUGUCCUACUGAAUAUCAGUUUUUUCUCUCACUAGUUUGUACACCUUAUCACAGAAGGCUGCCCUGUCUGCUCUGCCCUCCCUGCAGCUGAACUGAAAAUGGUGCGUUCUGCUCGCACUUACCCAAACAUUUCCUUGGUUUUGGUUUCUUUUUUUAAACCCUUAUGGAGUGGACACCGGUACGACUCACGGACCCUUUUAAAAUGACACCGGAAAGGAUUGGAUGCUGCUGUUCUGGAUUAGUCUCUGAGAGAUCUGCACUUGAGGGUGAGAGGGAAACCAAGCCAGAGGAACUUCUUUCAUAUGCUGUUGCCUGGGGCAUUGGAAGCGAGGGCAGCCACUGGAUUUGCUUUCAGGAGGUGCAGCCCCUCCUCCAUCUUUUAGGAAGCGCUCAAGCUCCGCCUCUUACCCGUGUCUGUCUGCUAGUGGUGCUAGCAUUGUAGAGUAACUUCUGGGCUGACCAUGAGAAGUACAGAAACUGCAUCUGCUCCAAACGUCCUUUCUACCCCUUGUGAAAAGGAAACAGCUCCUCGCGGGCCAGCCUCACAGUGGGCCCUGCCUCUACGCAGAACUCUCUUCACUAGCUGCACUGACCAGGUCUCAAAACGCAUGACAAGUGUUUGCUGCCCACACUCCGAAACGAGCCAGCGAGCCUCGGACAUCCAGUUCGGACCUGUUUGGCCUUAGUGGUGGACUUUUUAUUUUUUUAUGAGACAGCUUUCCCUGGCCUAAGCUGGGUGGUGGCUGGCUCACUGUACUAACAUCAAGUGUCACUUGGAGAAAGUGCAGCCUGAACCUUUGUCCUGGCUUCGUUGGUCUUGGCCCUGGCUUCGUUGUCGAGAGACCUCAGUAAAACUUUGAAACAAAGAUGUGUAGUGAAGAGCAACAGAGUUCUGCUCCAAGUGAGCUGUCUGCACAAGAUAUAAAUUCAUUUGCCGUUUCUGCUGCCAAACCUAUUCUUGCCCGGCCCCCAUGGAUGUUACUGCUCAGUGGAUGCAAUUCUGGUUAUUGUAAAUGUUCAGGGUUGGUGUUUUUGUUUUUUAAUCCCUAAUGCUGCACUCAGAGCCAAAGUGGAGAUUUGUGAGAAAUUCCGAUAGGAAAAGGGGAAAGUCAUGGCUUAUUCUCAUGCGGAAAGGUAUGUUAAUCAUUGUAUCUGAAAUAACUGUAUGUGGUUUGGGUGGGUUUUUUUCUUUCUUUCUAAACUGCUUUCUGAUAAAAUGCAUUUCAGCUUG